CAUGGCAGGAGGCGAAGAAGUUGCGCAACCAAAUAACUGCAGAAGCUGCUGCUGCAAUCUCAGAAUGAUAAUUCAGAUGGCGUUCUUUGGAAUAUGGACUGCGAUAAGCGUUGCAUUGAUCGUUGUAGGUGGAAAAUACAGAGAUGAGUGUAUAGAAGAACCUUACAUCCCAGUGUAUAUGAUUGUUGCUGGGGCAUUCAGCUUUGCAUAUUGGGUACUAUUACCUUUUGAAUGCUGUUUUCCUACUCUUAGAAGAAUUGUCAGCAUUCUUGUGGCUAUGUUUGUCUUCGCCUGGUUUAUUGCAGGCAGCGUCUGGGUCUUCAGAAUUUAUCAUAUCACAAACAGAUAUUGCCACAAAGGCAUGUAUCUCUUCAUUUUCUCUGUCCUGAUUAUUCAAUACAUUUUUAUUGGACUCGGAGUCAUUGCCAGCCUUCUCGCCUGCCUUUGCUGUGAGAAUUCUUGUGUCGCCAGAAUAUGCAAAUACUUUGAGGCCCUCUUAGAGUGCUGCCCUUGUUUGGAGUGCUUAAGAUGUUUCCAGAACCUCUCGUGCUCAUGCUUAAAAUGUUUAGAAUGCUGCCAAAAUCUGCCAUGCUGCAGAUGGCUAAAAUGCUGCAAGUGCCUAGACUGCUGCAAGUGCCUACAGUGCUGUAAAUGCCUCGAUUGCACUAAAUGCCUAGAGUGCUGCAAGUGUCUACAGUGCUCCUGCCUACAGAACUGCAACUGCCUACAGUGCUGCAGCUGUCUGGAGAACUGCAAUUGUCUACAGUGCUUAAAAUGCUCAGACUGUUGUAAAUGUUUGCAGUGCUGUGACUGCUUCAAGUCCUUGUGCUGCUGCUGUAAAAGUAUCCAGUGCAGCAGUUGUCUAAACUGCAGCUUGUGCGCCUCGUGCUGCAGCUGUUUACCGUGUUGUGCUGCUAAGGUCUGA